AUGACUUUCGUUCAGGAAGCGCUAUUCUCACUUGCCACCCCGCCUCUGACAACCCGUUCCUCUCCUCAUCCUCCAAAUUCAGUUUCGCCGAGAGAAAUGGCCGAUUCCGGAGCUGCAGGACAGGGAGAAGGGGCCCCAGCGCCCGUGGAGCACCUGAAUAUCAAGGUCACGGACAACCAUAACGAAGUUUUUUUCAAGAUCAAGCGCACCACGCAGCUGAAGAAGCUCAUGGAUGCCUUCUGCGAGCGCCAGGGAAAACAGCCGUCCACGGUCCGUUUCCUGUUCGAUGGAACGCGAGUACGUCCUGAGGACACGCCUGAAACGCUCGACAUGGCCGACGGAGACACUCUCGAGGUGCAUCAAGAACAGAUCGGAGGCUGA